CUUGCCACUACUUCACUCCUCACGACACCACUCUCAAAUAACCCUAAUAUCUCUGUCUCUGUUUCUCUCUCUGUGUCUCCUUCUUCGUCUUCCUCUCUCUCUACCUCCUGCUCUCUUCUCUCUACAGAAGAAGCUGAGUAUGGAUUUCUUCCUCACAUCUUUCAUCUUCCUUCUCCUUCUCUCACCCAUUUCACUCUCAGAUGCUGGUUCAAUCGGAGUAAACUACGGCAGAAUCUCCGACGAACUCCCAUCGGCAGUCAAAGUAGUCCAGCUCCUAAAAUCCCAAGGAAUCGACCGGGUCAAAAUCUUCGACGCCGACCCGGCCGUACUCAAAGCCUUAUCCGGAUCUGGAAUCCGAGUCACGGUAGAUCUCCCAAACGAAAUCCUCUUCUCCGCCGCGAAACGAGCUUCCUUCGCCGCCUCGUGGGUCAAACGCAAUGUAGCAGCUUAUCACCCUUCGACGCAGAUCGAAUCAAUCGCUGUCGGAAACGAAGUCUUCGUUGAUCCACACAACACGACAAAGUUCUUAAUCCCAGCAAUGAGAAACAUUCACAAAGCUCUCAUCAGUUUCAACCUCCACUCCUCCAUUAAAAUCUCUUCUCCGUUAGCUUUAAGCGCGCUACAAAACUCUUACCCUUCCUCCUCCGGUUCUUUCAGACCGGAGCUCGUCGAUUUAGUCAUCAAACCGAUGCUCGAUUUCUUACGCGAAACCGGUUCGAGGCUUAUGAUCAAUGUCUAUCCGUUCUUUGCUUACGAAGGAAACUCCGAUGUGAUUCCUCUCGAUUACGCUCUGCUCAGAGAGAAUCCGGGAAUGGUUGAUUCCGGUAACGGGUUGAGAUACUUCAACCUCUUCGACGCACAGAUCGACGCCGUUUUCGCAGCGAUGUCGGCUUUGAAAUACGACGACAUCGAGAUCAUCGUGACGGAGACAGGCUGGCCUUCAAAAGGAGACGAGAACGAAGUCGGAGCCACCGUGGCGAACGCCGCGUCUUACAACGGAAACUUAAUCCGCCGGAUUUUAACCGGAGGAGGUACGCCGCUGCGUCCUAAAGCGGAUCUCACCGUUUACCUCUUCGCUCUCUUCAACGAGAACAAGAAAUUCGGACCUACGUCGGAGAGAAACUACGGUCUCUUCUUCCCCGACGAGAAGAAAGUCUACGACGUUCCUUUCACGCAGGAAGGGUUAAAGCACUUUCGUAACACUCCGGUCGCCGGAGAUCAGCGAGUCUCGCCUCCGAUUAACGGCGGAGGAGUUUCCAAGAGCUUGACGGGGAGCUCGUGGUGUGUAGCUAAUGGUGAUGCAGGAGCGGAUCGGCUACAGAGAGGUCUAGAUUACGCUUGUGGUGAAGGAGGUGCUGAUUGCCGUCCGAUUCAGCCUGGUGCCACGUGUUAUAGUCCAGAUACGCUUGAGGCGCACGCUUCGUUUGCUUUCAAUAGUUAUUACCAGAAGAAAGGUCGUGCCGGAGGUAGCUGUUACUUCGGCGGCGCCGCAUACGUCGUUAGCCAACCACCGAAGUACGGAAGAUGCGAGUUUCCGACAGGAUAUUAAGGAGGAAGCAGAGAAUCCAAGAGUUUGAUUUAUCAUGCUAUAUAUAUAUAUUCGUAACUUGCUUGUAUUUUGUUUAGCCGGAGGUUUUUAGUUAAUUUUUGUAACUUUUGACUCUGAAAAUGUUAUGUUGUUAAUAUCAACUGAAAACGAUGUUCUUGAUAUUUAAUAUUUUAGGUUAUCAACUUAAUUAUGUGGUUAGUUAAA